GUGUGUGUGUGUGUGGAGACACUGAAGUGCGAUGUGUUGGGGCCUCGUUGAAGAAAUUAUAAUAAAGGCUUGUAUUCAAAUCCACGGGUGACGAUGGACAUCAGUGGUCUCCCAGUUGAGCUGUGGCGUCUGAUCCUUGCAUACCUGCCUUUACCAGAUCUAGGUCGAUGCUGCUUGGUGUGUAGAGCAUGGUACGAACUUAUCAUUAGUCUGGAUAAUACCCGCUGGAGACAACUGUGUCUUGGAUGUAUUGAGUGCAAGCACCCAAAUUGGCCCAAUCAGCCUGAUGUUGAACCCCAAUCAUGGCGGGAGGCAUUUAAACAACACUAUCUGGCUUCAAAAACAUGGACCAGAAAUGCCCAGGACUUGGAAUCCUCAAAUUGUUUGUAUUUAUUUAGGCGAAAAAGGGAUAGAAAAACUAUAUUUGUGGGUCCCACCAAUGAACAUGAAAAUCUCAGGAGUGCCUUAGCAGUUGCCAAUGUGUAUGAUAAGAUUAUUGUUUCCCCUGGAAUAUAUGAAGAACAAAAUGAGGUGACUUUAAAGGUGCCAGUGGAGAUAAUUGGGCACGGGAAGCUGGGGGACGUCGCACUCCUCAUUAGUUUUGACCAACACUGUCCAACAGCACGUCUAUGUAAUUUGGUCCUCAUGCCGGCAUGGUUCACACCUGUUGUGUACAAGACGUCAUCGGGUCAUGUCCAGCUCGAUAACUGCAACAUUGAGAACGGGCAGUUGCAGAUCCACUCGCCGGGAACUUGCCAGCUUAAGUUUUGUACUUUCAGCCAGUCUUGCGUUAAUUUCCACAGUGUUGCUCUGAGCAUCAUUGAGAACUGUGAGUUUAUUGGGAGUGAGAAUACGUCAGUGACUGUAGAGGGGCCUGCUCUGACGGACAGAAACUGGGCCUGCAAACACCUGGCAGUCACGGCCAAAUCCAAAUCAGUUUUGAACUCGCCAGAAGCAGCACUUCCAAAAACCUGUAGUUCCGAAACCCACUGUCAGCGUCCGUCCAGCAACUUGAGAACCUUCGAGGUCAACGGUCAAGUGGCCGAAGCACAACAGGCUUCCGGGUCCAAAGAAAAUGUCCACAGACCCUGCGACCGGGAAAAUGCGUGUAACGGGGACGUAAACACCACAAAGGAACAUCCCUGUGAGUCGGAGGUCAUCACCUUAGAAACCGAUUACAGCGAAAGUGAUCUGAGCACUUGCAGCGAGAAUGAAGAUGAUGAAGAGUCCGUGUACAAGCUCUCUUACCAGUCCCAUGGUCUGAGCCGCAUGUUGACCAAGGCCAGUCUAUUUAGACCUCAGAAAAAUGGAGCCGACUUCUUACAGAUGGACUUGGAAUUGAAAACUCUGGAACAGGAGCUGCAAAGAGACAAAGAGGCUCAGAUACUCGCCAACACCCUGCAUGGUUGUCUCAUAAGAAAGUGCCUUUUUAGAGAUGGAAAGGGUGGUGUGUUUGUCUGCAGCCAGGGACAAGCCAGGAUGGAGUCCAACAUCUUCAGAAACCUGAGCAAUGCAGUUCGCUGCAUCCAAAAUGCCAAGGUGAUAAUGCUAAAGAAUGAGAUUAAUCAGUGCAAAGCGUCUGGAAUCUUUUUGCGUCUGGCUGCAGGAGGUCUGAUUGCCGACAACAACAUCCACUCCAACGCAGAGGCUGGGAUUGAUAUCCGCAAGGGAGCAAACCCGCUCAUACUGUGCAACAGGAUUCACAGUGGCCAUCGAUCAGGGGUUGUUGUCCUUGGCAAUGGGAAAGGCAUCAUUCGCAGCAAUCGAAUCUAUGGAAAUAAAGAAGCUGGCAUUUACAUUUUGUAUCACGGUAACCCCGUGGUGAGCGGGAACCAUAUCUACCAAGGACUUGCAGCAGGUGUAGCUGUGAAUGAAAAUGGAAGGGGCCAAAUAAUAGAAAAUAUUAUCCGUGAAAAUCAAUGGGGCGGUGCUGACAUUCGGCGAGGGGGAGAUCCCAUUCUGAGAAACAACCUUAUUUGCCAUGGUUAUUCAGAUGGCGUUGUUGUUGGUGAACGAGGGAAAGGGCUGAUAGAAGGAAACACCAUAUAUGGUAACAAGGGCUGUGGUGUAUGGAUCAUGUCAUCCAGUCUCCCACACAUCACCAACAACCAGAUCAGCCGCAACAAUAUCUACGGUGUGGCUGUGUUCUGCCGUAAAGAUGAUGCGAACGACUAUCUCAGCAACCAAGGAGGCAAUGAGAACUUCAAUGACGAAGGGGAGAUCAUCAGUUGGGAAACUGACUUGGACAGUGAAGACGACAGAUACAUAUCACUCAAGCCAAUUACUGUGGCACUCAUUGAGUUUAACAACAUCAAUCACAAUGGUGCUGCUGGACUCUAUGUAAAAAGCAGUGAGACGCUGAACAUAGUAGCCAACGCAGUCCACGCCAACCACGACAACGGGAUUGCCGUUUAUCAGAGCAGCCAGCUCACCCACAUCUCCAACAAUAGCGUCACCUGCAACAGCGUCAGCGGAGUCCUCGUAGAAGCCGGCUGCAAAGUUGAACUUCGAGGCAAUGGUAUCUAUGACAACAACAGCCACGGCGUCACCUUAAAGGGAGAAGGAUCCAUCUUGGAGAAUGAUAUCCUUGGAAACCACGGGUGUGGCUUGCAGUUGUUGGAGAAUGCAGAUGUGAAGGUGAUGAAGAAUAGAAUCCAGUCACUCCAUAACUAUGGUAUUGCAAUCCUGGAUCAGGCUAAGGGAACUGUGCAAGAAAACCAAAUCUUUAAAGGAAAAGUAGGAAAAACUAUUUUGCAGCAAACCGGAAAUGCAGAAAAAUGUACUAUUCAACGCAAUGAAAUUCUGGCUUACAGCAAAAAUGCUUGCAGAUCCGGUGCAGCCUGGAAACUGGAGAACCCUCCAGCGAGGCCACUUAUUGACGGAACAAACAGAAGUGCCUCAUCGGUUCAGACCAGUCAAAGAGGUGCAUCCUUGACGACCAGGAUAGCUGCAAGGGUGGAAGGGGGCUGCCACAACAACGGAAGCAUUUUCUGCACUAUUCUUUAACUCACGCAAUUGAACACUGGUACAGAAUGUGCCAUAGAGAUAGGCUCGUGCCUCACUUUAUUAAUCAACCAACGUACUUUCAGUAAUGGGUAAGAAACAUGGGGCUGCUUCGGUAAAUGCACUUCACUCCUUCACUCGAGAACAUUGGACUUUCAGUGGAUUUGCUUAUCUUAGAUAGAAAGCUAUUUGGCUGUUUAAGCUCCACUGGGAGUGUACCAACAUACUGUCAAUUCUGUGAUAGAAAUUGAAUUUCUUGCUUAAGAAAGGGAGAAUGCCGUCUCGCAGGAACACAUUUCACCUCAAUAAAGUUUCGGAGUGGGGUUUCUUCCAGCUGCAUAACAUACAGUGUUUAUCGGACAGAACCCCAAAUUAGAUUUCUUAAUUCAUAAAGUCAUGGGAAGAAAUUGCCGCACGAUUGACCUGUGUAACGUCACAAUAUUUACUGAAAUCUGCUUGUUAGAAGCCCUGGCUCAAAAUCUGUGCAUUGUUACCAGCUGCCAAUGCUCUUACCUGCGGAUUUUCACUUCUGGAUCAUGUGCAGGCUUUUCCAAAACCAAAUCUUUCCACCCACUCUGUCCUGAGCAUCCUUUGACAUCUACACAACCAUUUUCUCUAACCUUUCAGCCUUUGUGAAUGUCACUAAAUACAAUUCUAGGACAGAAAGACAGAUGGGAUAUUUCUUUGUUUAUACUGUUCCGUGUCUAAAUUUAUUUUUAUGAAAUACAGUACGUAUAUUAUUGGAGGAAUGGCACCAUAGUCACAAAAAGGCACCAUAGUUAUUAGGAUUUAUAAGGCUGAGGAACGUGUUGAGACUAAAUGCUUUGUUUUUACUGUAACUUCACACCUGUCCAAAUGUGCGGAAUGGUUUGCAAACACUGAUGUUUGUUUAUUCCUCACUUGGCAAAAUGCCCUUUGUGCUGGUGUGUGCGAUGUGCAGGUUAGGCGGCUCACAGAUUUGAUUCUGACGAAGGGUCGUGGACCCGAAACGUUGACUCACUUUCCUUUCUCUAUAGAUGCUGCCUGACCUGCUGAGUGUUCCCAGCUCUCUCUGUUUUUGUCACAGAUUUGAUUUUUGUUCUCAGUGGUCUGAUCUCAGGCACAGCAGGAGUGACAUCCUAAAUUGAAUUCCAUGUCGUUGGGUUAGUGUGAGUGUAGCUGUUAGUGGAAAACUUGGCUGUUAAGCUAUCAGUCAGAUAGCUCACUGAUACUCAUGGGUCAGGUGCAGACUUGCAAGAAUGGCCAAUUGUAGGAGGUAUCAAUGCUCGUGAAACUGUACAAGAAUGUGGGUCUUCAGGAAAAGAGGGAUUAAAGAGAAAGAUCCUGUGUGGGUGAGUGCGGCAGAUUGGGUGUGGCAGGGAGAGAGGAGAAAUGGGACGAGGGUUUAAGGACGUGUUCCAAUGUACUGGUAGGUCAUAAAGUUAGGCAUCAGUAUCUUUUUCUAGUGUGACCGUGAAGCCUGAUGUAGGUCUAGUUUGGGGAUCAUUCAUUUGAACCUCAGAGGUCCACGUGACCCCUAUGUGCCAAUAUAGUCCAAACAAUAAAAGUAUUGGGUUUUAAUUGAUUUAGAUCAGAUUUAAGCACUCUCUUACUAGCCCCGUCACCGCAAAGAACACUGAGCAGAGGGGAAAAGUCUCGAGAGAAUUUUCUGUGCAGCACCUCAGAGCUUCAGAGCAGCACUCAGGCAGCUCACGUGAUUAUCCGCUUGGCAGUGGGUGCAGGUAUUCAAGGGACCAAUUAAAAAAACUUUAUAAGUGAUCUGUACAUACCCAGAUCUGCAAUCAAACACAGUUAUAAUUGGGAGUUAAAUCCUCUGACCUAAGAUUAAAAUUCUAGGUGUGUGGAAUUGGAAUUGACUCCUCCUUCGUCAAAAACCAUGUAAAAUACCGAUGUAAAUAGGCAUAUACUUUCUUUUAUAAGAACGAUGGGUGCUUUAGAAUUGUGCACACAACAGGGCAACAUCUGAUCCCAGUCCAGCCCAGUCUCAUUAGAGCAACUCCAAUGACACGGACGUACAGGAAUGUUCUUCCGAUGGUGUAAAGCUGGGUCUCGCAACAAUGUGCAUUGUGAUUGAAUAUACAGAGCAAUUGUCAGCGCAGAAGGAAGUAACUUUGCUCAUCAUGUCCAUGCCAUUUCAAUACCAGGCUCACGCUGAUGUGCACUGUUGCUGAAUGCAUUUUUCUUCUCGGUCCUUUGCGAGUUGAUUGUGUAAUAUUCUACUUGUAUAUUUAAAUCUUCUUGGGGUGGGGGUGGGAGGAAGAAUUAAUCGCAUAACAGCAACAAAUAGAAUAAAAAAAUGAUUGAAAAUAUAAUCUGUAAAACACAUUUUGUACAAAUCUUAAACUUGGGUUUUUACUCUGGCUAAAAUGUUAAACGAUCACUGUGCUGUUGAUUUAACCAUUUUUGUAAACUUAGUUGUAGAUGCUGCGUUGGCUGCUAACUGCUGUCAUACAAUUCCACAUUAGUGUCAGCGUCGUAUGGCUAUUCAUUGCUUACCCUUGUGUUGGCCCCGUAAUCGAAAACAAUAAAAGAUUUUUUU